AUGGCGCCGUACAUGACCAAGGAAGACCUCUCGCUCGCACUCAACCUAUUUUGCUCCAUUUACGGCAUCGGCACGCUCGGGAUUCCUGGCAACUAUGCGCGCGCCGGCCCUGUCUACGCCUCGAUCGCCCUCCUCUUCAUGGCGUCGGCCAACAUCUAUGCGUCGGUCGCCAUGAGCAAGACGAUGGUCGCAGCCCCCUCGUGGGUUCAAAACUACGGCGACCUCGGCGAGUGGAUCGGCGGCAAGUACUUUGGCCGGUACACGGUCGUGAUUCCGCAGCUCCUCGCAUGCCUCCUCACAGCGUGCGCCUUUCUCGUCCUCGGCGGCGUCCUUCUCGAUGCGCUCUUCCCCAACGCGUUCAGCGCGACCGUGUGGAUCCUUCUCAUGGCCAUGACAGCCGUGCCUGGCAGCCUCAUUCCGACGCUGAAGGAGAGCCCGGGUAUGGCGAUGGCCGGCUGCCUCGCGACGCUCGUGGCCGACGCCGUCGCACUCGCUGUGGUCAUGGUCAAGAUGGACACGCACUCGAUCACGCCACCGUCGCCCAGCGUAUCGUUUGAGCAAGUCUCGACUGUCUUUGGCAACCUCAGUUUGGCCUAUGGUGCCGGCAUCAUCAUCCCGACGCUCCAGCGCCAGCACAGCCAGCCCGAGCGCAUGCAGCGCGUCAUCACCGUGACGCUCUCGCUCAUCACGGUCCUCUUUGCGAUCAUUGGGUCCUUGGGCUACUCGGUGCUCGGGUGCCAAAUGCCCCGGAACCUUUUGUUUGCGAUCGCAGGCCACGACCUCGGCUUCACCGCGUCGCGCGGGUCGGUGGUCGCCGCGUUCUUGGCCAUGCAAGUCCACAUUACGAUCGCCUUUACCGUCGUGUUGCACCCUGCGUUUUUCAUUCUCGAGCGCCUGGUCUGGAGCCAGCGCCACCGGUCGAGUGACACGGCUGCGGACUUUGUCGAAGCCGGCACGCCCGCCGAGCUGAAAGAAGAGGUUGUCGAGACGCCCAAGGAAGGCGUCGAGGUCAUGCCGAUGACGGUGUCGCGUCAAGCGUCGUCGCUCGGCGUGCGUCUGAUUCUCAUCAGCGCCGUCGUCGCCGUCGCGAUUGCCUUCCAGGACCAUGUCAUGGACCUCCAGGACUUUGUCGGCGCGUCGACCAUGUCGCUCACGUGCCUCAUUUUGCCGCUGAUUUUUUACUUUAUGAAGUUUUGGACGACCAUGCCGCUGUACGAGAAGGCGUACGCGGUGGUGGUGCUGGCCGUCUGCUCGGCGCUCGCAGUGUACGUCUCGAUCAACGCGGGGAUUUCGCUGCUGACGCCGCCCGACACGACACCGUUCCCGUUCUGCGCUGCCGAGUACGAACACAUUGUCUUUACCAACACGACGCACUACGCGUAGAAGUCGUCCCAUAUCGUCGUUAGGAAUCUAGUAGUCGUCUCCGUGUAAAACUGUCCUCUUUUCUUCCACC